GACCGCAGUCAUUCGCCCCCUUCAAAACCAGCGCCGCUGUCAUUUAAGAAACCAUUGCUACGGCUACAGGACUGUUCUGUUUCAUGCUGUGUUUGCAUGGCUUUUUCUCUGGGAUCGUGAGAGGAUGAAGGACCUCUCUCGAGUCUUGUGUUUGUUGACAUGAGUUUUUUGGCUUGCUUGACGCGUGGGAGUCCUGCUUUGUGGCGUCCAGAUGUUGCCGGUGCACGUGUUUGAGAGCGUGGGGGAUAUAGGCUGUCUGUUGACAUGAUGCUUCACCGUGUCAAUACUUGUCUCCAUCUGCAGCCCUUUCCUGAUGGAGGAGGGACGCUGUAAGAGCCUCUGCUUUCCUCUGGAAACACACAGUCACAUUCAAGCUCUCCUUCAGUGCUCAAACAACCAGGGAAACCAGCUUUAUUGACAAAAUGAAGAAAACGGGUAAGAACAUCGUGGUGUUUUACGGCUCACAGACGGGCACGGCUGAAGAGUUUUCCAACAGACUUGCAAAAGAUGCUCAUCGCUACGGCAUGAAGGGAAUGUCAGCGGACCCAGAGGAAUAUAAUAUGAGUGAGCUGUCCCGUCUGCCUGAGAUUGAGAACUCUCUGGCAAUCUUCUGCAUGGCCACAUAUGGAGAGGGCGACCCGACUGAUAACUCUCAGGACUUCUAUGACUGGUUACAGGAGGGUGAUGCCGACUUCACUGGAGUUAAAUAUACAGUGUUUGCACUGGGAAAUAAGACAUACGAACACUACAACGCGAUGGGGAAGUAUGUGGACCAGAGACUGGCUGAGCUGGGAGCCCAGAGGAUCUUUGACCUGGGAAUGGGAGACGAUGAUGGGAAUCUCGAGGAGGAUUUCGUGUCGUGGAGAGAGCAGUUCUGGCCGGCUGUGUGUGAACACUUUGGAGUCGAAGCAACGGGGUGAAGAAUCCAGCAUCCGUCAGUACGAGCUGAAGGUACACAGCGAUCUGAACAUGAAUAAGAUCUACACUGGAGAGCUGGGCCGCCUCAAGAGCUUCGAGAACCAGAAGCCGCCUUUCGAUUCGAAGAACCCUUUCCUGGCUCCGGUCACUGUGA